GUUCAAGUUUUGUAUUAGAAAUGGUGACAGGAUUCGGAUGGGAGAAGCCUUAGGUAGAUGGCGGGCUUCAUAGCAGGGACUGCAUGACGGGUAUUUUUGGUACACAUGCAUGCUGUGGUGGCCUGUUGGCAUGACUGGAAGAUGAUGCCAAAUGACACGUCAGACGCAUCUUGUUUAGUGGCCGAAGCGGUGGCCCACUCCUUCGCAUUAUUCGCAACAGUCUACAUGGCCUCCAACAUCUCAGGGGGCCACGUGAAUCCAGCUGUGACGUUUGGAUUGGCUGUUGGAGGCCACAUCAGCAUCCCGACCGCAAUGUUGUACUGGGUGGCUCAGUUGGUGGGGUCCACGAUGGCCUGCCUCGUCUUGAGAUUGGUUACUGCUGGUCAAUCAAUUCCUACCACUGCAAUCGCUACAGAGAUGACCGGUUUCGGAGGGGCAAUAUUGGAAAGCGUGUUAACAUUCGGACUGGUGUACACAUUCUACGCAGCGGGUGAUUCGAGGAGGGGCCCGCUAGGAUCCAUCGGGCCCAUUGCAAUCGGAUUGGUAGCAGGGGCGAAUGUCCUCGCGGCGGGCCCAUUCACAGGUGGUUCGAUGAAUCCGGCCCGGUCGUUCGGCUCGGCCAUGAUAAGUGGGAAUUUCAAGAACCAAGGUGUGUACUGGGUAGGACCCUUGAUCGGGGCUGGCGCGGCAGGCCUCGUCUACCAACAUGUCAUGUCUCCUCCUUCUUCACCGCCUGAUUCAUCCCAUUUUGUGGCAGAGAGUUUGGUGGUCUAGUUAUACUGAUUCAUCGCAUGUUUGGGGAACUGGGUGUAUUUUUAUUAGUUGGGAGAGAAAUGAAGAGAACAAAGAUCUAAAUUAAUAUUAAUGGACAGAUUUUAAUUUCAUGAAUUAUCUUUUUUUUUUUUCCCAGAUGUUUGAAGCAUGUCUGUAUAAGUGGGGCCCAUUAGUGGCAUGGAUACGAAUAAGCGGUUAAGAAAAG